AGGCCUCACAAGACAACUCAUCCCAGACUGAAUUCAAUUACCAAGCAUUAUAACAACCUUCUCCUUUUCAUUCACCAAAUCUUUUAACAAAAAUGUCUUGCGGCAACGGUAAUUGCAGCUGUGGCUCAAACUGCUCCUGCGGCAGUGGCUGCAAUUGUGCCUACCCUGACUUGAGUUACUCAGAGACCACUUCUACUGAGACCAUCAUUGCUGGGGUUGCACAUGUGAAGAUGUACUAUGAAGGUUCUGAGAUGAGCUAUGGAGCAGAGAAUGACUGCAAGUGUGGAGCAAACUGCAGCUGCAGCUCAUGUGGCUGCCACAAAUGAUCAAAGCUAAGACAAGGCCAAGAAAAGCGGCCAUGAUCUCUAUAAAUAAGAAAAGGAGUGUUAAAAGUUAAAUUUCCAAGUUGGGUUUUAGUGCUUAUUGUAAAAUAAGAUUGCCAUUUGAUCUGCAAAUCCAUGAUCUCCUAGCUAGCUAGCUAGGGUUUGUGAUUUGCUUUGUAGGUUGUGGCUAUAUCUGUAUGUUACAUCUUUCUUAAUUAUAUAUGUGUUUCUUGGUCUGCUUUCUUC